GUAAACUUUAAACUGGUUCAACACAGUCCCGAGAAACGCCAGUUCCUAAUUCUGAUAUUUGAAUCGCCACUUCGUAUAUCAUUAAUAAUAGGCGCCUAUAAAUUAAGAACUAUAACCACUACGUGCUAAUCUCCUCAACAUGAAAAGCCGCUUAUGAUCAAUCCAACCGCUGGUGCAAGAGACUGAAUGAGCAAAACAUAAUGCAGUGGACAUUUGAGGUUUUUUCUUGGAAUAGGUACCGGUAUCAUUCGUGAUUGAAUGGUUAAUUAAUUGUUAUUCAAGAUGUCUAUUAUAAAGCACAAGGGGAAUGGAAUUUUAGUAGACCAUGGCAAGUUCACAAAAGAGAUAUAUCGAGGUUGCAGAGCACAGUCACAAAAUUCUAUUUCUAGUGAGUUCACACAUGUCAAGCUGACUUACAAGGACAUUUACUUUAAAAUACAAUCUCCACACCUCAGUCGAGAAAAAGACACACUUACCUCAAGGAGAUGCAAAAAGAGAAAACUGCCUGAAAACGAAGAAGAAGUGUCUGCAAAAAUGUAUCACUUAACAGUAUCACCAAUGUUGCAGGAGAUGACUAAAAACUUGGCAUUGGAACUUGCAAAUGAAAAUAAUUCAUUGUGUGAACAACAAUCCCAAAAAUUAUUGGAAGAUAUCAGUCCAAAAUGUACUAUAUGCUCUGAUCUGUGUAGAAACCUUUGCCUUUCAUCAAUCUUGAAAAAUGCGAGUAACAUAGCGAUCACUGGGAAUGAUCCGAUUCACUUGGCAAAAAAUGAUGUAGAUGGCAAAAUCGUCAAGUACAUUGGUGAAACACCGAGAACUAUAUGUGUCAGUAAUGAAGUGUACCUGCUCCCAACUCAGUGCACUUUUUUAUUGUCGGAGUUGGGAAAUAUGGAACCACUAACAAGACAUAGUAUGAAAUCUGGUGGUUUUAAUAUCAUUGUAAUUGACCCACCAUGGGAGAAUAAAUCUGCUAAAAGAGGCAGUAAAUAUCCAUGGUUGUCACUCAAGGAAAUAUUAAGUGUCCCUCUUGACAAGCUAAUGAAUGAGAACUGCCUUGUGUUUGUAUGGGUUACAAACAAACAGAAAUAUCAUAAAUUUAUCAGGAAUGAUCUAUUCCCAAAAUACAACAUCCACUUUACAUGUGAAUGGCACUGGGUUAAAGUGACCACUCAAGGUCAACCUGUGUUUGACUUUGAUUCUGUACAUAAGCGACCAUACGAAACUAUCAUUAUUGGACAGACAUGGAAACACAAGUGCAAUGAAAAACAUAUCGAGCCCACAGUAAUUACAAGUGUUCCAUGCACCAUACAUUCCCAUAAGCCACCACUUGAUAAGAUCAUUAGGACGUUAGUGACAGAUCUCCCUAACCCUAAAUGUCUAGAGCUUUUUGCUCGCAAUCUCCUGCCAAAAUGGACAAGUUGGGGUAAUGAGGUAUUAGAAAUGCAGCAUAUCAAACAUUUUCAAGCUAAAAACCAAAAUUAAAUCGAUGAUGCAGAUAUGAUAAUACAGUCUGGGUUUCUCUCUCAUACAAUAAUAGUAUACUCCACAUUGAUGAAGUUUCAUUAAGAAUUAUCACAGAUGUAGCAUUUAAAAUGUUAUACCACAGGUUGAUUUUCCUGCUCUACAGAGCUAUGACAAUUAAAUAAAUAUUCAAGUGUAUAUGAACUUUUUUUAUUAGGAGUCGCAUUCACAGUGUGUUUAUCCAAUAAUGCUAAAUUGUUAGAGAUUGUGAGAUUUUUUAUGUUUUAGAAUUUCUACUGCACUUAGAUUCAAAUUUCUAUUACAUGUAUCACACCAAUAAUGUUUUAUCAAGCUAUGACUGGCUUUGC